CCGCCGCCGUCCCCGGUCUCGCCAGGCGGAGUCCGGACCGCCCGGUCCCCGUGCGAGGAGGCGCCGUCGGCUGCCUUGCCGGAGACUGCACCCAGUAGAGCAGCAGCUCGCUUUGUUGUUACCGCCGCUUUUGGUGGCAAAAAGGGAAAAUGGCGAACGACUCUCCUGCAAAAAGUCUGGUGGACAUCGACCUCUCCUCCUUGCGGGAUCCGGCUGGGAUUUUUGAGCUGGUGGAAGUGGUUGGAAAUGGCACCUAUGGACAAGUCUAUAAGGGCCGACAUGUUAAAACAGGUCAGCUGGCAGCCAUCAAAGUUAUGGAUGUCACCGAGGACGAAGAGGAAGAAAUCAAACUGGAGAUAAAUAUGCUGAAGAAAUAUUCUCAUCAUAGAAAUAUUGCAACAUAUUAUGGUGCUUUCAUUAAAAAGAGCCCUCCAGGACAUGAUGACCAGCUCUGGCUUGUCAUGGAGUUCUGUGGGGCUGGGUCCAUCACGGACCUUGUGAAGAACACCAAAGGGAACACACUCAAAGAAGACUGGAUAGCUUACAUCUCCAGAGAGAUCCUGAGGGGACUGGCACAUCUUCACAUCCAUCAUGUGAUUCACCGGGACAUUAAGGGCCAGAAUGUAUUGCUGACAGAGAAUGCGGAGGUGAAGCUUGUUGAUUUUGGUGUGAGUGCUCAGCUUGACAGGACAGUUGGGAGGAGAAAUACGUUCAUAGGCACCCCCUACUGGAUGGCUCCUGAGGUCAUCGCCUGUGACGAGAACCCAGAUGCCACCUACGAUUACAGAAGCGACCUUUGGUCUUGUGGCAUUACAGCCAUUGAGAUGGCAGAAGGUGCUCCCCCUCUCUGUGACAUGCAUCCAAUGAGAGCACUGUUUCUCAUCCCCAGAAACCCUCCUCCCCGGCUGAAGUCAAAAAAAUGGUCAAAGAAAUUUUUUAGUUUUAUAGAAGGGUGCCUGGUGAAGAAUUACAUGCAGAGGCCCUCCACAGAGCAGCUUUUGAAACAUCCUUUUAUAAGGGAUCAGCCCAACGAGAGGCAAGUUAGAAUCCAGCUUAAGGAUCAUAUAGACCGGACUAGAAAGAAGAGAGGAGAGAAAGAUGAAACUGAGUAUGAGUACAGUGGGAGUGAGGAAGAGGAGGAGGAAGUGCCUGAGCAGGAAGGAGAGCCAAGCUCCAUUGUUAAUGUGCCUGGUGAGUCCACUCUUCGUCGGGACUUCCUGAGGUUGCAACAGGAGAACAAGGAACGGUCUGAGGCUCUGCGGAGACAGCAGCUCCUGCAGGAGCAACAGCUCCGGGAGCAGGAAGAGUAUAAACGGCAGCUGCUCGCAGAGAGACAGAAACGCAUCGAGCAGCAGAAAGAGCAGAGGCGGCGACUGGAGGAGCAACAAAGGAGAGAGCGUGAAGCCAGAAGGCAACAAGAACGUGAACAGCGAAGGAGAGAACAGGAGGAGAAGAGGCGUCUGGAAGAGUUGGAGAGACGGCGGAAAGAAGAGGAGGAGAGGAGACGGGCAGAAGAGGAGAAGAGGAGAGUAGAAAGAGAACAGGAGUAUAUCAGGCGACAGCUAGAAGAGGAGCAGCGGCACUUGGAAAUCCUUCAGCAGCAGCUGCUCCAGGAGCAGGCCAUGUUACUGGAGUGCCGAUGGCGGGAGAUGGAGGAGCACCGGCAGGCAGAGAGGCUCCAGAGGCAGUUGCAACAAGAACAAGCAUAUCUCCUAUCUCUACAGCACGACCACAGGAGGGCACACCCGCAGCUGGUGCAGCCGCCGCCACAGCAGGAAAGGAGCAAGGCCGCGUACCACGGCCCGGAGCCGAAGGCCCACUACGAGCCAGCUGACAGAGCCCGAGAGGUGGAAGAUAGAUUUAGGAAAACUAACCACAGCUCCCCUGAAGCCCAGUCUAAGCAGACAGGCAGAGUAUUGGAGCCACCAGUGCCUUCCAGAUCAGAGUCUUUUUCCAACGGCAACUCCGAGUCUGUGCAUCCUGCUCUGCAGAGACCAGCUGAGCCCCAGGUACAGUGGUCCCACCUGGCAUCUCUCAAGAACAAUGUUUCCCCUGUCUCGCGAUCCCAUUCCUUCAGUGACCCUUCUCCUCCCAAAUUUGCACACCACCAUCUUCGCUGUCAGGACCCAUGUCCACCUUCCCGCAGUGAGGUGCUAAGUCAGAAUUCUGACUCUAAGUCGGAGGUACCUGACCCCACCCAAAAGGCUUGGUCUAGAUCAGACAGUGACGAGGUGCCUCCAAGGGUCCCCGUAAGAACAACAUCUCGCUCCCCUGUUCUGUCCCGUCGGGAUUCCCCACUGCAGGGCAGUGGGCAGCAAAACAGCCAAGCAGGUCAAAGAAACUCUACCAGCAGUAUCGAGCCCAGGCUGCUGUGGGAGAGAGUGGAGAAGCUGGUGCCCAGGCCUGGCAGUGGCAGCUCCUCGGGGUCCAGCAACUCAGGAUCCCAGCCGGGGUCCCACCCCGGAUCUCAGAGCGGCUCCGGGGAGCGCUUCAGAGUGAGAUCAUCAUCCAAAUCUGAAGGCUCUCCAUCUCAGCGCCUAGAGAACGCAGCAAAGAAACCUGAAGAUAAAAAAGAGGUUUUUAGACCUCUCAAGCCUGCUGGUGAAGUGGAUUUGACUGCACUAGCCAAAGAGCUCCGAGCAGUGGAGGAUGUCCGGCCCCCACACAAAGUGACCGACUACUCGUCGUCCAGCGAGGAGUCGGGAACAACAGAUGAGGAGGACGAUGAUGUGGAGCAGGAAGGGGCUGAGGAGCCCACGUCGGGGCCAGAGGACACCAGAGCAGCGUCUUCUCUGAAUUUGAGCAAUGGUGAAACGGAAUCUGUGAAAACCAUGAUUGUCCAUGACGACGUGGAAAGCGAACCAGCCAUGACCCCGUCCAAAGAGGGCACGCUGAUCGUCCGCCAGAGUACAGUUGACCAAAAGCGUGCCAGCCAUCAUGAGAGCAAUGGCUUUGCCGGUCGCAUUCACCUCUUGCCAGAUCUCUUACAGCAAAGCCAUUCCUCCUCCACUUCCUCCACCUCUUCCUCCCCAUCCUCCAGCCAGCCGACACCCACCAUGUCCCCACAGACACCCCAGGACAAGCUCACUACUAAUGAGACUCAGUCCGCUAGUAGCACACUCCAGAAACACAAAUCUUCCUCCUCCUUUACACCUUUUAUAGACCCCAGAUUACUACAGAUUUCUCCGUCUAGUGGGACAACAGUGACUUCUGUGGUGGGAUUUUCCUGUGAUGGAAUGAGACCAGAAGCCAUAAGGCAGGACCCUACCCGGAAGGGCUCAGUGGUCAAUGUGAAUCCCACCAACACUAGGCCACAGAGUGACACCCCAGAGAUUCGUAAAUACAAGAAGAGAUUUAACUCUGAGAUCCUGUGUGCUGCCUUAUGGGGAGUGAAUUUGUUAGUGGGUACAGAGAGUGGCCUGAUGCUGCUGGACAGAAGUGGUCAAGGGAAGGUAUAUCCUCUGAUCAACCGAAGACGAUUUCAGCAAAUGGAUGUCCUUGAAGGCUUGAAUGUCUUGGUGACAAUAUCUGGCAAAAAGGAUAAGUUACGUGUCUACUAUUUGUCCUGGUUAAGAAAUAAAAUACUUCACAAUGAUCCAGAAGUUGAGAAGAAGCAGGGGUGGACAACCGUAGGGGAUUUGGAAGGAUGUGUACACUAUAAAGUUGUAAAAUAUGAAAGAAUCAAAUUUCUGGUAAUUGCUCUGAAGAGUUCUGUGGAAGUCUAUGCAUGGGCACCCAAGCCAUAUCACAAAUUUAUGGCCUUUAAGUCAUUUGGAGAAUUGGUACAUAAGCCAUUACUGGUGGAUCUCACUGUGGAGGAAGGCCAGAGGUUGAAAGUGAUCUAUGGAUCCUGUGCUGGAUUCCAUGCUGUUGAUGUGGAUUCAGGAUCAGUCUAUGACAUUUAUCUACCAACACACGUAAGAAAGAGCCCACACUCUAUGAUCCAGUGUAGCAUCAAACCCCAUGCAAUCAUCAUCCUCCCCAACACAGAUGGAAUGGAGCUUCUGGUGUGCUAUGAAGAUGAAGGGGUUUAUGUGAACACCUAUGGACGCAUCACCAAGGAUGUGGUUCUGCAGUGGGGAGAGAUGCCAACGUCUGUAGCAUAUAUUCGAUCCAAUCAGACGAUGGGCUGGGGAGAAAAGGCCAUAGAGAUCCGAUCUGUGGAAACUGGACACUUGGAUGGUGUGUUUAUGCACAAAAGGGCUCAAAGACUAAAAUUCUUAUGUGAACGCAAUGACAAGGUGUUCUUUGCCUCUGUGCGGUCUGGCGGCAGCAGUCAGGUCUAUUUCAUGACGUUAGGCAGGACUUCUCUUCUGAGCUGGUAGAAGCAGUGCGGUGAGGAUUGCCGGCCCCCAGAGUCUUCAGGACCCCGAGAACUUGGAAUUCCUUGCAACUGGAGCUCAGCUGCGCCGGUGCAGGACAGCUGUGUGCGUGCGCGGACACCGUGUGUGGGGUUCUUUUCCCCUUCCUUCCCGCUCCUCUCCUACCAGUUUACCCCCAUUCUCUUCGUUUCCUUACUCAAAAAUAAAUCAAGGCUGCAAUGCAGCUGGUGCUGUUCAGAUUCUACCAUCAGGUGCUAUCAGUGUUUGGGAUCGAGCAUCAGACCAGAAGCAAACACGUUUCCUUCAGCUCCAGAAUUCCUUGUCCCUGAAUGACUCUGUCUGUGGGUGUCUGAAGGUGGAGACGAUGAACAUGCUGUUGGUUUUAUCAAGUGGGCACAGGUGGUGUGAAGUAUCGGGCUAACCAGCAGUUUGCUGCAGCAGAGAGAUUUAAUAUAGUACCAUUAACAAUGUAUUUAAUUGACAUUUCCUUUUUGUAAUGUGACAAUUUGUGGACAAAGAAGAAGGUGCAGGUUUAAGAAGUUACUAUUUAUAAAAUGUGAAAAACAGUUACUAGGAGAACUUUUUUGUGGGUGGGGGGUGGGGUGGGCUAAGAGGGGUCCCGUUUUGUUUUUUCUGAGGUAUGUUUUUUUUGGCUUGGCUUGGCCAAGAACCCAGUCAUUUUUUUGUGUACCAGGUUUUGCCCAAAUCCUGUGCAGAUGGUUCUUUAAAAAAAAAAAAAGAAAAGAAAAAAUGUGUGCAUUUGUAUAAUGGCCAGAACUUCGUUGAGUGACAGUAUUAGCACUGCCUCAGUUCAAGGUUUAAUUUUUGUUUAAACCUAGAAGUGUGACAACACUUAGACCACCGUCUGCACUUACGAAAAAAAAAAAACUUCAACCACGUUUAUUGUUUUGCCUACCUCAUUGUUUUUAAUGCAUUAAGAGGUGGUUUAGUUUAUAUGUUUUUUGGAGGAAAACAUUAAUGUUUAAUUUAAUCUUAGUACCAAAACUGUCAGAUUGAAGUUUGACUUACUUCAUCACAGGUGUCCGUAGGCACAAGAGAAAUUGUCCCUGAAGAAGAGAAGUAGCCAGUGGCUUUACCAUGCUUACUGAUGCAUCUGUUUUCUACAGAGCGCUUCAUUUCACCAAGUUGACCAUUAGUGGUUGGUGGGCGAUUCUGCCCCACAGCACACGGGGCCUCCUUGUUGUCAGUCAGGGGUUUGGCGGCAGACGGGGUUCAUACUAGAGUAGUCAUACACAAUGUCCAGUGUUGCAGGAACCUGCUCUUGGGGGCGGGGGUAGUUUCCUUUUCUAAAAUGCAGUGCACUAAAACCGUUUUGAGAAUGUAGUUAAUCCUGCUGCUUCAUAAGCCGGGGUCUUCUGCAUUUCAGGUGUCAUAUCAAAGCCCUGGCUUUUCUCGGUCUCACUUGUUCUCUGUUUUUUAAACCAGUUUUACUUUAUGAAUAUGUUCAUGACAUUUGUAAUAAAUGUCUUGGGUAAUAA